AUGUUCAGUCCUAUGGCCUUCGCCCCACCCAACCUGAUGAACACCCUGUACCCGUUGAACCCUACUAUGAACACUAAUCCAAUGAACAUGCCGCAACCAAUGAACGCCUUGCACCCGUUGAGCCCUACUAUAAACACUAAUCCAAUGAACAUGCCGCAACCAAUGCACCCCGAACCCGUUGAAACCUACAGCAAACGCUAA